AUGGAGGUGAAGCAGUCAAAGUCUCCUACAGGUGUUUUUCUGCCAGCUGAAAUUGUUGGGACUUGGCAUGGCAGGCGCUUCACCCGAUCAUCGAUCUGCGUCGGAACCACAAGCUGGACAAAAAAGGCCGAAGCUCAUUUGCUACAGCUCUGCGCUUCGGAGACCUUCUUCGCACCCUGUGGUCUGGUGCAGCGGCUCCAUGACUUGGAAGGGCAACUAGCCGCCGCUGAGGCCGCCGCUGCCUCUCAGAGCUGUGAGCUGCAAGAGGCCCGCGGUGAGCUGGAAGUCCUGCGACAUAGGAGGACACCUGCAGCUGGUGGGGAAGAGCUUGUGGAUUUGCGAGAGAAGAAUGACUUCCUGCAAGUGUUAAUGUCCCGUUUUGAGCGCAAGGUCAUGGUUCUGGAGGAAGAGAAUGCUAAGCUUACCCUCCAGGUGCGGCGCCGAGCUCCGGAGUGUGAUGCCAGCACACAGGCUGAGGACCUUUGGGUUCACGAGCUCGAGGGCCAGCUUGCACUGGUGGAAGGGCUUCUUCGUAGCAAGGAGCACGAGCUAGAAGAAGUCAAGGAGAAGUUGAAGCAAGAGCAGCAGAGCCGUUCCAAGUUCUUGUCUGCAGCGAAGGGUAGGAGCCCACAAGAGCUCAUGGCAGAAGUCGAAGCGCUCGAGUCGCGAAACAGCUUCUUGUCGGACUUGGUUGGCCGCUUUGAGGACAAGACCAUGAUGAUGGAGAAGCAGGCGAAGACUCUAGGUGCUUCUGAGGAGGAACUGCCGGAGAAAUUGGCAAAAUGCAAAAAGGAGCAGGAGGAAGCGAAGGUCAGAGCCCAGGAAGAGCUCCGUGCAAGUCUGGCCAAGCAGCAGCAGCUGAAGGAGGAGGCCAAGGGCAUGGCGUUGACGCUCCGGGACCUCAAACGAGAACAUAACAAGCGGGUGCAGGAGUUGCUCCGGCAGCGCGCAGAGGCAAAGACACGGAUGGCCAAGGAGGCUUGUGGUCAGGAGCGAAAAGACCUUGCGGAGGUGAAGGAACUCAAGGAGCUCAAUGCCCAGCUGGUGGAACGCUUGAGCCGGGAACGGUCAGAGCAUGCCGAGACAAAGAAUCGCUUGGACAUGUCCAUCAAAGAAACAGAGACUUUGAAGCUCCGGACUGCGAGCCUUCGUGAACAGCUCAUUCAACUGGCGGAGUUGAACGAUGACUUGGAAGAACGCAUGGCCUCCGGAUAG